AUGUCGUCGCUCUCCAAUGGCAGCAACCCCUUCGCCUCGGACGCCUCGGACGACUUCUCCUUCCCCAACCCCACCACGCUGCGCGAGUACAAUCUGCGCGACCACAUCGACGGCUCCGUCGACCUCUUUGCCCGCCGUGACAACGACUGGCUCGCCAUCGACGCCACCAUCAUCCGCUGGCUCUUCCUCACCAUCUCGCCAGAUAUCUUCAAGACGGUGGUCCGCGAGGGCGACGACGCGCACACGGUUUGGACGAAGAUCAACGAGCUCUUCACCGGCAACAAGCUGCAGAGGAUCGUGUUCCUGCAGCAGGAAUUCUUCUGCACGCCGCAGAAUGACCAGACCCUCGAUGCCUAUUGCUUGCGUCUCAAGGCGAUCUCCGACGAGCUUCACGACCUCGGCUUCAAGAUCGGCGAUGAGAUUCUUCUCUCUACUCUUACUGCAGGGCUCAACGAGGAACUCGGGAACGCCGCCGCCGACCUCACCCUCAUGACCAAACCCACCUUCGAGCGGGCAGUCACCUACCUCAAGCUCGAGGAACGCCGGCUGAAGAACCUCCGCACCCGGGCCGUCCACACUGCCCUCGCCGCUGGCUACCGCGCCCCUGCCCCGCCAGCUCCCGCGCCUCCUCAACAGGCGCCGCACCCGUGGACCGCGUCGCCCCUCCUCCCCAUGCCACCUCAGCAGCUACAGCAGCAGCAGGGACGCAAGAACCACCGUCGUCGCGGUGGUGGCCGCAACAACGGAGGAGGGAACGGUGGCGGGAACGACGGCGGGAAUGGUGGCGGCAACACCCAGCCCUGGCCACCAUGGAGCGGUGGCUACAACCCAUGGACGGGGAUCAUCCACGCCUACAGCAUGCCGGCGCUCUUCGCCGCGACACCGCCCUACGCCCCAGCCUACCACACCGCGCCACCGCCCUACACGCCGCCGCAACCCGCAUGGGACCCGGCGCUCUUCGCGGCACUGCAGCAGGCACCCACGCCGGGCUCUUACGCCGGUGGCGGUGACUGGUUCAUGGACACGGGCGCCUCGUCUCACAUGACCGCUCACCCGGGUAACCUUUCACAUUACUUCCCCACUUCCACCGAGUCUCGCAUCAUUGUCGGACGCCCGCACCAGGAUGGUCCUCCACCGAUGUGA